UUUUUGUUUUUUGACUUUUGUUUUUGUAGGGCUGUAGGUGUGACCUUCAACAUUUUAGAUAUAUCAACGGGUCUUCUAUAAAAAAUUUUUUGGGAUAAAUUGUCAUCAAUUUUUUUUAUUAAUUUCUGCUAUAAAAUUUUAUUUUUUUUCAGUUCUUUAUUUCCAAUCUCCAAAUAAAAUUUAAAAAAUGACAACUGAACAAUUAAUCAAGAUUGCCUCUGACAGUGAACAGGAAGAGAAGCCACAAGAAUUCUUUGCGGUGACGCCACUUAAGACGUGUCCACAUUUGGGACAAAUUGCGGAUAGCAAAUUGCCUUCUGAUGGACUCAACACUAAAGCUGCUUGCAACAAGUGUUCUAAUACUGGCGAGAAUUGGGUGUGUCUUAAAUGUUUUGAGAUCUAUUGCUCUCGUUAUGUUGAGGGACACGCUUUGGGUCACACCGAAGAGACAAAACAUCCACUGGCUCUAAGCUUUGCUGACUUUUCUGUUUGGUGUUAUCCGUGCAACUCUUAUAUUGACAAUAAAGUGUUUGAUGAGGCUAAGGAAGCGGCUAUUAAAUCUAAAUUUGGAGGAAAGACUGAAGGUUGA